UUUCGGUUUGAUUAUUUUCGUCUCUCGGUCUAUCAAAAAUUAAAACUGCUUAUUUGAGAAUUGUGCACAACAUACUUGUUCAAUUGACAUUAAAACCUUAAAAAUGUCUAGCGACGAGCACCACGAAGAGGUUGUGGAAAUCGUAGAGGAAGACAGUUUGAAUUAUAUCGCAGAAGAUUCGGAUGUAACAUGCACGAUUUGUCAAGCGGAGUUUUUGGACCCUGAGGACCUGAAAAUACACAUACAGCAGCUUCAUAAAGGAAAAGGAACGCAACAAUGUUAUUUUUGUCCACAAAUGUAUACAGAUUUAAUGGAUUUCGCUGAGCAUUUUCGUGAUAAACAUCUUGCGAACUUAUUUUACUGUAUGUACUGUCUACGAUCUUUUAAGAAUGAGAAAGAGUAUAAAUUGCAUGAUAAGAAGCACAAACGAGGUACUAAGUCGACAUACAGUUGCGCUAUGUGCAGCGAGAGGUAUGGGAGUCUCUGGGAUUUGCGAAAACAUGAUCUAAUGUUUCACGAAGAUAGCGACGAAGGUUACGUGAUCCAGAAUCUCCUUCCUUACUUGUCCGCGGUGUUGAAAUGCAAGGCAGUUACUGCUUUACUUGCUCAUCAUAAGCCCACAGUGCAUACUUGUAUGAGCUGUCAUUAUACUACAACGGAACUGGAUGAUAUUAUAGAGCACUCCCGUAAUAAGAAGUGUAAAUGCUACGUGUGUUAUAAGUGUACUAAUGUCUAUAAAAAGAAAUCUGCAUUGCAAUCCCAUUUGGAGAAAGUCUGCGAGAAAUUAAAGCCCUACGGACGUGUCAAGUGUCCCGAUUGUAAGGUUAUUUACAAUUCUUUAGUGUUUUCAAAGCAUAAGAAAGUUUGUAACAUUAUUAUAUGCUUUACGUGUGGGACACAGUAUCCUUCUAUGUACGAGUUGACCGAACACCAAUCUAAGGAUCAUCCGUUGUCUAUAGAAUUAGCUACAUGCAAGUUCUGCUGGAAGCAAUGCGUUGGUACGGUCGCUUUAGACAAGCAUAUUGAAAGGACUCACAAACCACACUUGCACCUGUAUAAAUAUCUAUGCACUUAUUGCAAGAUGCCUUUUAACCAUCCGCAGAAGUUAUUUGCACACUAUUUUACGAUGCACAAAGAUAUAGAACCUUACACUUGCAAAAUUUGUUCCAAAAAGUUUCGAAUAAGAAAGCAAUUUACUUUGCAUAUAAAACUGGAACACAAAAGCAUCGGGUUUGUUGAGUUCGAUGAGAAUUAUCAUGUGUUUUUCACUGAGAAGAAGUCUGAAAAUCCUUUUAUCCCUAAAAGUCUGUAUGAGAAUGAGAAUGAGAAGCAGACUGCAGAAAACUCUGACAAUACAAACAUGUCUAUUCUAAACAUAAAUUCAGAAAUAUCAGAAACUGAAGGUAAUCAGACAGAAACUAGUUUACUAGUGCCCAAAAAACGGAAAAGAGGUCCUGCUAAAGGCCGUAAAAAGACUCAAAAUGUUAUAACUAUAUUGUCAUCGGACGAUGAACCUUUAGAAGUUUUACGAAAGAAAACUGAGCCAGUACAGAAUACAAUGGUGACCAGUUGGAAGAAGAAGCAGCAGGCGAUUAACAAAAAGCGAUUUACUUGCACUAUUUGUAACAAAUACUGCUACACAUACCAAAAUUACAACCACCAUGUCAGUCUCCAUUCGAAAAAUGACUACAAAAAAUGUAUUAAAUGCUCCAAAGUUUUCCGUAGCAAAGAGAAACUUAACAGACAUAUGAACACUGAACAUUCAUCUUCUAAACUGACUGAUACUCUAAAAACUAUGUUAGAAAAACGCAAAAAAGGCGAAAGCAUCACCGAUAGCUUGCCUAUGUCUGAAAGAUUCAGACGAACUAUCAAAAAGGUUCACUGUGAAAAUACAGGCGCUGUAGCAAACAUAAAACAAGUCGAAGAUGGUCUUUCAGUGCAAAAGUUUAUUGAGAACUUCAUGCCCGAAGAAAAUAGAUCCGAAAGUCCAAUAGACAAUACUGUUACAAUUAAAACGGUGAGCGGAAUCGAAAAGAAAUCGACGAUAAAGAUGACCAAGUUCAAUAUAAAGCCGGUGUCUGAUAGCAGGAGAUUGGCGAUGCCGGUUAAGUUUAAAACUAACCAAUUUGCGAAGACAUUAGCUACUAUCCGUUUAGUACAGGCUGUAUCGUAUCAAGAAGACAGUCAGGACAACGAUAGCCAAUCGUAUAACGAAGAAAUGGAUAGAAAUGAAUCAAUUCCAGAAGUAGCGGAAGAAGUAAUGCUUGAAGGCACAGAGGAGACGCCAAAAUCGUCUCAAAUACCGCAUAAAGUUGUCAUACCGAAGCUUCCGACGAUGUAUAAAGACCUUCGAAUCGCGCAUUUGCAUCCCCAAGCGCCAUAUUACAAAAUAGUCACAGUGAAUGAAGUUUUAAACGCUGCCGAAAAGCCGGUUGUCAAAAAAGAAGUAGCCAAUAAAAAAAAUGAUACGAUAAAGUUACCGGACGGGACGAAAUUGGUUACGACCAAUCCCUUAGCUCAUUUGUUAGGUAAGACACCGAUUGAAAAAGUAAUGCAACCAAUGAAAAAUAAAUAUUAUAAGUGCAAGGAGAGGAAUUUGCCCAAAAUGCUAGCUGAGGCUCUAAGUAAUCUGGAUAAACCGCUGGUAAGAAAGAAGAAAGUCAUUGAUGAUACUUUUUCUGAAGCUAGUAGCUAAAGGUCUGUGGUCUCUCGCGAUGUAGUCAUUGGCAGUGCCGUAAUUAUACCGUACGAAGUCGCGGUUGGAAGCUAGUUACGUAUAGUUUUUGAACAGUAAGGAUAUUAUGUUUUGUUUUUAAUGUAUUCAAUGUUUCUUGUUACUCAUUGAAGAAUGUAAUCACAAUUUUAGAUUUCGGGGAACUUUGAAUAGAAAACUUCAGCGUCUUUGUCCGAAACAAAUUAUGUUUUAGUUUUUAUUUAUAAACAUGUAAUCUAGCGGUCGAUUGUAUAAUAUUGUUUAGAGCUUAGGAUAUUAGAUGAAUAGAAAUUUAAACUUUAUCACAAUACUGUAAGGAUGAAAAUCUAUUACAAAAAGUUCACGAGUUGGCGACUGGAUUUUGUCGUAGUCAAUUUUAGGAGUACCGAUCCUGUUGAUUUGUUAUUUUACUUCUUAGUUAUAAAUAUGAAUUUAAUAAUGUUAAUAAACUAUAAAAUACAUGUACAUAAUA